CAAAACAAUCAUACAAUGUCCUCUUCUAGACCUCCCAUUAGAAAGGUCCCUGCUUGGAAAUAUCAUGAGGAUUUUCCAGGGCAAAGAAAAGGGCAAACAAAGUGUAUAUUUUGCAAAACAAUAUUCCAUGGAGGCAUAUAUAGAUUGAAAUACCAUAUUGCUGGUGUGCGUGGGCAUGAUGCCGACCCAUGCACAAAAGCAGUCACUGAGGCUGUACGUGAUUGCUAUGUAAUGGUUGAAGAAAUUGAAAGGAAAAGGAAAGAAAAAGAGGAUCUCACAGUCAUUGGGAGACAUGCACCUUUAGGAACAGGGACACAAUUAGGUUGUGUUGGAGGGCCUUCUUCCUUACCUUCAUAUCGUCCCACUCAUUUUGCUACUACUCAUGCUUCCGGUUCUGCUUCUAUAAGUGCCAGUGCCAGUGCCUCUGCCCCUUCUCAUGUUCCUAGCACUGGCAGUGGUAGUGGGAGUGUUAGCAUUGGACCUAGGAUUCGUAAAUCUAGGUUGGAUACCUUUUUUGCACCUUGCACUACUCCUGGGUCCCAACAGUCACUUGAGAGCAUGGGUUGGAACAAGGAGGUCCAUGAUGCUGCUAAAAUGGCAGUUGGCAGAUUUUGGAUCUAUGGCAGUAUUCCAUUCUUCACAGCCAGGUAAAUGUUUUAUGUUUGAUUGUUUUAAUUUUUAUAAUUUGAUUGUUCGUAUUAAUUUUUGUUGUAUAUAGUUCAUUAUACAUAGUACAUACUUAUCUCAUUAAAAUUAUUUGUGACAGGUCACCUUAUUGGCAAGAAAUGGUUGAUGCCCUUACCAUUUGUGGGGCGGGGUUCAAAGCCCCUUCUGAGUUUGAUUUGAGGGGACCCAUUUUGACUGAAUUGGUGAAUGAUGUGAAGAAAGAAUUGGGUGAUCAACGCCAAAUAUGGAGCACUAAAGGUUGCACCAUCAUGACUGAUGGUUGGACAGACAGGAGAAAUAGAACUCUCCUUAAUUUUCUUGUUUCUUCCGCAGGGGGCACCGUUUUCAUCAAGUCUAUUGAUGCCUCCGCCCAUUGCAAGAAUGCCACCUACCUAUGUGAGCAGAUAGAGGAGGUGAUUAAUGAGGUGGGUGAAGAGAACGUGGUACAGGUGGUGACUGACAA